AUGCCACAUCUGUCGAAUUCCUCUUACCAGUUUUGGUACGACGAGAAGCGGGUUGCGCUGGGACGAUCAAUCGACGGGGUCAUUGCCCAGCUCAAAGCCCUUCAGGAGACCAACUCGACAAGACCGCUUCACUACCCUUCGUCGAGACUGGUGCCAAGACCGGCGGUGACGGAGGUGGUUAAGCAAAACGGCGGCGGCCGAGACGAGGAUUACGACAACGAUAACGAUGACGACGACGACGACGACGAUGACGACGACGACGAUGACGACGACGACGACAUUAACAACGAAGAGGAUGACGAGCUCCUGGUUCUACGACUGGACGUGAGGCUAGGCGGGUCGCAGCAUAGCGACUCGCUGCAGAUGCUGGGCAGGGACGCCAUCGCGUCGGUGCUGGGGGAGCGGUUCGGGACGAGCGUGCGGCAGCUGCUGGCGCUGCGGGAGCGCAUCGACGACCCGCUGAGCAAGAUACUGGUAACGGGAGACGUCAACGCGGGCAAGUCGACGUUCUGCAACGCGCUGCUGCGACGGCGAGUGCUCCCGGAGAACCAGCAGCCGUGCACGGCCAUCUUCUGCGAGGUGCUCAGCGCCAACCAGAACCAGGGGCGUGAGGAGGUGCAGGGGACAACGAUGGAGCAGCGGCGUGACUCGUUCGGCCUGCGCGACUUGGAACGCGUGGUGACGGACCCUCAGUACACGCAAUGCAAAGUCUUCGUGGACGACAGGCGCACGGCCGACGAGUCACUGCUCAGCAACAAGGAGGUGGUGGAUAUCACGAUCAUCGACGCACCCGGGCUCAACCAUGACACGGCCCACACGACGGCCGUGUUCGCGCGCCAGGAAGAGAUUGACGUCGUCGUCUUCGUCGUCUCGGCCGCCAACCACUUCACCAUCUCAGCCAAGGACUUUAUACGUGCCGCCACUGCCGAGAAGGAGUAUCUCUUCAUCGUGGUCAACGCCUUUGACACAAUCCGCGACAAGGACCGCUGCAAGAAGGGCAUCAUGGACCAGAUCCAGCUGCUCAGCCCUCAGACCUACCGCGAGGCCUCGGAGCUGGUGCACUUCGUGUCGAGCAACUCGGUCCUGGCGCCGCCAACGCCUGCUCCCGGCGACGAGCAGUACUACCCGGUCCAGCCGCCCGUGGACCCUGCCGUCAUCGCCGCCCGAACCCGCGAAUUCGAGCGCCUGGAGCGGUCCCUGCGCAAGUUCGUGCUCGAGAACCGCGCCAAGUCGAAGCUGGCCCCGGCGCGCACCUACCUCCUCAACACGUUGCACGACAUCCGCAGCCUGGUCUCGGCCAACAUGCGCGAGGCCCGCGCCGAACUGGACCGCGCUUCAGACGCUAUGAGCGACCUAGUGCCCCAGCUCGAGGCCCAGCGCAGGACCCUGAUAGAGGUCGGCAACAAGAUCGACGCCACCGUCGAGGAUACGUGCCGCGACGUCUUCGACCACAGUCGCGCCACCAUCGGCGCCGCCAUCACCUUCGCCGGCGACCUCGACGUCGAGACCCACUUCGGUGUCCGCUACACCGGACCCUGGAACGCCUUCCAGUACGCCAACGAGCUGCGCGACGCCAUGCUCACCCGCAUUUCCCACGUCGUCGUCGGCUGCGAGGACAACGCCCGCGCCCGCGCCACCGUGGGCGUCAACUCCAUCACCCAGCUCGGCAUUAUACACAGCAGGACUGCCGCCACUACCAACGGCAGCAACAGCAACCCCUUUGAGAAGCUCCAUUUCCGCCCAGAGGUCAUGUUCUCCCGCAAGCGCGACGCCCUGGCCAAGCAGGUGGACAUCACAGUCGAGCUACAGGACUUUGUCGACUGGCCCUCCCUCGUGUCCACCGAGAAGUUUGCCGGAGCAGGCAUGGCCCUCACCCUGGCCACCACCGCCGUGGGGAGCCGUCUCGCCGACCCCCGUGGCUGGAUAGACUCCAUCAUGACUCUGACCCGCGUCAUGGACGGUAACAGUCUACAUCGUAUCGUCGUUCCCGGUGUCGUCCUAGCGGUCAUUGCCGCCGUGGGAGCCCACGUCCUCCAGCAAAUCCCCCACGCCGUAUCCCACCACCUAGCCGCCAAGGUAGCCGCCGAGCUCGAGUCGGCCGACUACGUCCUCGCCAACUCGACUCGCAUCGCCGACAGGGUGCGCCGCGUGCUGCGCACCCCCGCCGAGACCGUCCGUUCCGCCCUGGACAGGUCCGUGCGCGACCUAGGCCAGCGCCGCGACGACAUGGACAAGGUCCGCGGUGAAAGCCACGUCGCCAUCCGUCGCUUCGAGUCUCUCCUGCGCGCCAAUGCCGACGAGCGUGCUGCCGUGAUGGCAAUCGACCUCGAGGCUCCUCCGCCUGGAACGCCG